AUGGCGACUCAGCUCUUCUCUUUGUUUUCACGUUCCUUUCUCACUCCACCGGAGUCCCCCAUCUCCGUCUCUUCUCACUCCUCUUCCUCCCUUCUCCGCCGCCUCCCUCCCCUCGCUGCUAUACUCACCGCUGAUUUCCCGUCACUCUGCUGCACCGAGCGUGAGGAACUUCUCUACCCCUGUACCUUUUCCUCUUCAGAGCUGCCUAAGGUUCGUUGGGUCUUACCUGAUUCAUACUUGGACGUUAAGAAUAAAGAUUACGGAGGGGGGCCUUUUAUAAACGGACAAGCUGCUCCAUAUGACUCGAAGUACCACGAAGAAUGGAUUAGAAACAAUGCUAAAGCAAAUAGUAGGCGUGAUGUUAAUGGUAGGCGCAAUUUCGAUAGGUCAAGAAACUUUGAGAAGAGGGAAAACAUGCAGAAUGGAGAAUUUCCAAAUAAUGUUUCAGCGAGUCAACCUACUGGACCGAAAUUGAGUCCACCAGCUCCAAGUAGUACACCCCUCCCAACAACUUUAGUCCUAGCAUGCCUCCUCACAACCAUGCUGGAAUACCCCAAGGCAACUAUCCGGGAGGAUAUCCGAACAAUUUUAACAGACCACUGCCUCCGCCACCACCAUACAACUUCAACAGCCCACCACCACCUCCUCACAACUUUAACAGGCCACCACCGCAAAACAACUUUAACGGACCACCACCACCAUCAAACCCUGGGGGAGCACCGCCAAAGCAACUAUUGGGGUGCACCACAGCCAAACUUCAGCAGGCCGCCUGCACAGAACAACUGUGGAGGGAUGCAACCUAACGCUGGUGGAUGGUCUAAUAAUGUGCAUAACAAUCAACAAGAAUGGUCGCCAACUGGUCAGGGAAGUCUCAAACUUACGUAAUUCAUUGAUUUUUUUGAAUUUAGUUGCUGCUUGGUUCAAACCUCAAAUUCUACUAGUCGCUGGUCGCCGAGUGUUCGUUCUGGUGCUUACAAGCGGUCGAGUUUAGUUUUACUUUUUGGAGUAGGCAUAUGCUUUGGUGUUCUAAAUGCAAGUAUAGUUUAAAAUAUUCGUGAGAUGUAAUUAAUUCAUAAUGUCUCCUUUACUAUUGAUAUUUUUAAUGAUGUGUCUGAUUUUUUGUUUUUAAGAAAAUGCACUUCACGUUUUACUGU